AUGACCAGCAUAUUUACUUAUAGAAAAUUGGAUAAAAGUCUAGUACAAAAAGAAAAGAAUGUUGAAAUUGGUAUUGAAGAAGAGGGAGAAAAUCUUAAAAGUGAUAAUGAAAUUGAUUUGGAAAACAAAUAUUAUGAGCAUGAGAAGAAGGGAAAUUAUAUUAAUACUUGGAAAUAA